AUGUUUGUUUUUCUCUGUUUCAGCCCUGAACAUUUUCCACAGGAUCGACUCCCAGAGACCUUGAUUUUACUUAAUAACUUAGUGCGCGUUGUGGGAAAUGUAAAACAACAUCUUCAACUUAGCCAAGUUGAAGUUCUUUGCCGCUUGGUAGAGUGUUUAGUUACUGCUAUUGACCUUCAAAAGAAAGGAAUUGAUCUUGACAAUAAAUCUGCGUUAUUGGAACAUGAAAAUGAUCCCGAUGAGAACCUUUCCACGCCAUACCAGUUGACAGAUAUUCCGAAAAUGUUAGAAUUUUACAAAGAGCAGUAUGCGCUUGUUUAUAAUUUUAUGAAUGCGAAGCUUUCUACAAUUUACCUUGAAAAUUGUAGGGAUAAUGAAUGGAACGAGGAAUUGCAGGUCAGUACUGUCAGGACAUACUUUAGUAUACAGGGUGUAUAAGAAAAACUGAACAGAUUCAAAAUUGCUCUCAAUUUCGCAAAACAGCUCGUGGUAUCAAGUUUUUGUUAAAUCUCAUGCGCAAGCCACUUUUAGUAUGUUGGAAAAGACCCCCCCCCCCCCCCCGGUAUACAAAAUUUGAGUUCGAGAAUAUUUUUUCAUUAUUCUACAUUAUAAGUUCCCAAUAGCUGUUUUACGAAAUUGAGAGCAAUUUCAAAUCUGUUCAGUUUUUUUAUACACCCUGUAGAGUGGUGGAAUGUAGGGACGUACGUACUUUGGAAGCUUCCUAUUAAAAAUAUUUUCCGUGUUAUAGGUUGGUAAAUAAAAUAAAAAUAUGUCAUUCUGUCAUAAAAUGGAAUCUAAUAUUUUGCCCUAAGAUCUGUUGUAUUAGACUCUGCAGUUUUCCUUAUAUUCAGUUAAAUAUAUUACUGUCUGUGUGCCUGUGACAGUGUCCUUUUCUUUUUGUAUUAUGAGAAUAUAUGUAUGGUGUACUUGUCUUCGUUAUCUUUUUAAGCGCUUUUUGCCACUCGUGAAGAGUAAUUUUGAUUGUAAUUAUCUUGUGUAGGCUUGGACCGAACUGUUAUCAUUGUCUCUCCCGGAGAUCUUUAAAGAACUGUGGCACAAUAAAUUCAUCAUUAAAUUUAAGAUUAGAAUACACAAGGUAUUGUAUAAUUGUGCAUUUAAUGUUGGCAUUGACAUGUACUCAUGCCAUAUGACCAUAAUUCGUUGCCUUGUGAAACGUAACUUCAGAAGGCUAACAGAAUUCUGUUUGCCUGCCUAUCCUCAAUGAAAAACAUGCAUGCACAAUCCUUCACUAUUCUAGUCGAUAAGCUAUGCAUAGUUCCCUGUAAACAGAGUCUCGACAUAAAGUGUGUGAAUUUCUAGAAUUAAUCAUGUGGAGAAGUGACUGUAUAUGUAUAUAUUGACAUUUAAUUUGCAUAAAUUAGGCGAACAGACAUUUUAGCAUAAAUUAGGGGCGUAGCCAAGACAGUGUUUUCGUAAUAUUCGAGCAUGGAUUUGUAAAAUAAAGAGUUGAGUUUUUAUAGCUGUUUUUCGUCGUUUUUUAAUCGAAAGUUUUAUAGUCUCGUGAACAAGUCAAUUUUUGACCAAAUGCCGGUUACAUGCAAGUGACAUAAAAAUUAUUGUGGUUAACUUGGGUGAGCCCGCAGGAAUCGCACGUCGAACUGUAUGUUCUGAAUGAUGACUUGUAGCAUUUAUUAUUGUCUGCAUGGUUACAAGAAUUUAGAAUUGUAAAAAUGCAUUCAUCUCAUCUAUAAGCAAAAUCUCAAAAUUAUAAUUACCUGGUGUGCAUAGAAAUUAUGAUUAGAAUCUAUUUGUAGAAUCAGAAUCUAUACGUGAUCACGCAGACUAAAUGUUAUAUUUAUUCAAUUUUAGGUGUCACCUCUCCGUCAGAUUGACCUAUUUUCUUUAUCUGACCAACAAAAAUGUAAUCCAGAUAUUGUAACAUGUUUAAGUGACUCUGCUUUCGAGGCUGUGGACAAAGUUGUAAAAG